CAAAAAUCAAGUUGAUUCAACAAAAUAGAUGCUCUAUUCUCCCCGAAUAAAGAAUCCGCAUGUGAAACAUUCGGAAUUGGAAAAUCCCAGAACCGACCGAGGUCACCUCGGAAGCCAUGGAAGCUUAAUUGGGGUCAUAGCGACGAGGGUUCCACCGAAACUUAAUCCUGUUCAAACUCCGACUUCCCCUCUCUUCAUCACUCAAACUCCGAAAGCUAUGUCUUCAAGAUCGAUAUUCGUGAUCUUACUCAUUGGACUGAUUGCUUCUUUCGUGUACGAGAGGAUCAAUCUGAUUCAGACAUUCUAUCAAAAUGCUCCCUCGCGUAUCACCAAGGUGAACAACAUCGGGAAAUAUGAAGUCAAAUUUCAAGAUCAGAUAAGGAGUUGUGAGGAUGUUUUACUCAUUGAGAAGCAUCAUCUUGCAAUUCUGGCCUGUGAUCCAGGAAGAGAGCGGCACAACACUGUCAUGGGAAUCUUUGCGGGAAAUCUUACUAAUAAUGCUGAACUUUGGGCAUAUGACUACACAGUCACCGACGGUACUGACGCUGAAUCCCUGAAGAGGAUCAAAUUGGCUGGAUUCCCUCACGCAUCUGACUUUCACACCCUGGGCAUGGCGUUUGAUCUUGAGACAUCUAAUCUCUUCGUCGUGAGCCAUGCCGUCGCAGGAUCACGCAUUGAGCUCUUCAAUCUCGACAUUGGAUCAUUGACUGCCAGUUACAUCCAGACCAUUCAGCAUCCUCUCAUCAACGCACCAAAUUCAAUCGCUUCUGUCAACGGACACGAGUUCUACGUCACCAACGAUCACUACAUUACCAAGAAACAGUCGCUCCUGUUGAGUAACCUGGAGACAUAUCUGGGUCCGCCGACAGGAACAGUGGUCCAUGUGAACCUCAAAGCGUCAGAUCUCGAUGUGAGGGUUGUCGCGUGGGUUCCUUUCGCAAACGGUAUCGAAAUCCUCAACAGCUCAACCGUUGCGGUGGCGUCGUCCUCACGAGCGGCCAUUUAUAUGUUUAAUACUUCAGACGCCACAAAAUUCAAAGAGACCUCCAGGAUCAAACUUCCUUUCUUACCAGACAACCUCUCUGGAUCUGGUGAUAAGCUCAUGAUCGCGGGACACGGCAACAUGCCUGCCCUGGCAAAGUUCACGCAGUCACGUCGUUUUUGCAACGACCCCUUUGAAUACGAACGCGCGGACCCUACUAUGAAGGAGUCCUGUGUUAAACUACAAGCUAUUUCUUGGGUUUCUGAGUGGAGUGAAAGUGAAGGAUUGAAGCACCUUUAUGUUGACACUGAGUAUCCGUCGAGCUCGACUGCUGUCAAGGACGCUGGAAAGGGCGUUGGAAUUAUCAGUGGUCUUUACGCCAAGGGUAUUUUGAUCUGGAGAGAUGAGAAAUAAAACCACGCUAGUUUUGUGUUCAUCGCUGAGUAUUAGAAAGAAAGUCGAGACCUAGAACCGGAGGAAAGUGUUCAGAGGCAAGGAAUUUAUCUGAACAAGUGGAUGCAAAUGCAUUUCAACAGGUUAAUGCUCCACUUUGGCUUUAGUCAAUCACUAUACGUAUGAUUGAGAGUACAUGGGAUGACCGCCUGCAUUCACAGUUGGGAACGAGACUGAACAACGGAAUCUGUGUAACAUCUCCCGUCUUUCACCAUCUCCCGCACCGUCAAAGAACAGUACCGGAUAAAGGAUUCACAGGGGCACUAAACAAGAUUUCGGCAGUACAUCUGUGAUCUCAGUCUACCGUUUCGUGAAUAAGUCCAGAGACUCAGGUAUAAAUCUACUCAUUUCGUAAACUUUGGACGGAAUACGCUCAAUUCCAUCGUAUCUAGACCCCAAACUCUCAAGAGGCCGCGCUAGUAUACACGAUGAGUUCUCC